AUGGCGAAUAAGUUUGGAUUAAGUUCUUUACCUUUAGAAACCAAAAAACAUAACACUACAGCGUGGAUAAAUAAAGCGAAACCUUACUUCCUGGAUCAAAUCGGUGACACUCUUCAAGAUUAUAUUGAUGAUACUAAAUUACAACAAGAAGUAACAAGUUUAAAAAAUUUUAUUCAACAACAAUUAGUCAAUGUAGUAGAUGAAACUCAGUUACAAACUUUAAGUUCAUUAAUAUCUAAUUUAGAUGAUAAGAUUACAAAGCAAAAAAUAGAUCUUAAACAACUAAUAGCCAAUAUUAAUCCAGGUAUAAGUGAAGACAAAUUGCAACGGGAAUUAACUGAAUUUAAAACUGAAUUACAAAAAGAACUAACAAAUAUUCAACAAAACAUAGAUAUUGUUAUUCAACAACAAAGCAUAGAUGAUAGCGAAAUCAAAACCUAUAUUCAUCAACAAAUACAGAACAUUGAUGAUAGUGUUAUUCAACAACAGAUAACCACUAUUAAUAACCUAGUUUUAAAACAAGACAAAAAUAUAGUCGCAUUAGAAAAAAAGUUUCUCAAGAAAGAAUCAUAUUAUUUUACUCUUCCAUUUAGAAGUUUGAGUUAUGAAGAUGCUUCUAUUACUGAUAAUAUUGAUGGAAUAUAA